AUGGCGAUCAGUUUUGGAUCUAUGAGCAUAAAAACUAGACCUAGUACUAACUCAAAUGAAUCUUAUGAUGGCUAUGGUUAUGUCAUGUCUAAUUAUAGUGGAACUAGUUAUAAAGCUCAAGAUGAUGAAACAGAUUAUGGACCUACUAGUUGGGUUAAUCCUAACUAUUCCAUAUAUGGGAGGACAGUAGGGAGAUCAAGAGAGACCUAUGUGCACUAUGUUCAAACAUGGCUUACAAACAGCUCGGGUUACAUUACUUGUUAUGACUAUUGUAUGAAUCUAGAUGGAAUUACUCAAGUGUUUUAUGGAUCAGAUUUUGUUACUGUAACAAAGUCAGAUGAUGCUUCUUGGGAUCUUUUGAAGCCUGAAAUCUUUGCAGCAAUCAUGGACUUCUAUUCUUCGGGGCAGCCACUCUUUCUAGACACAAAAACUGCGUCAGCAAUGGACACUGCUAUUCAAGAAGAUGAUUCAGAAAUCGUUGCAAUGAUCAAAGAAUUGUUGGAGACUCGCAUCCGACCAGCAGUGCAAGAUGAUGGUGGUGACAUUGAGUAUAGGGGAUUUCAUCCAGAAACUGGAAUAGUUAAAUUGAGAAUGCAAGGAGCAUGCAGUGGCUGCCCAAGCUCAUCAGUCACCCUGAAAUCUGGCAUUGAAAAUAUGCGAAUGCAUUAUGUACCUGAGGUAACAAGCAACAAGCAUUUGCUUGCCUUUGCAUUUGAAUCUUUGUUGGUACAAUAA